CAACGUGUUGUUGAUAACUUGGUUUAUUCUAUCAAAAUGGUUCGUAUGAGUGUGUUAGCGGAUGCGCUUAAAACAAUAAAUAACGCUGAGAAGCGAGGAAAACGACAGGUUUGCUUUUGGAUCUGGUUUUGUUUUGCUGGCUACAUUGGUGAAUUUGAAAUAAUCGAUGACCAUCGUGCAGGCAAAAUUGUUGUCAAUCUUACUGGUCGCAUCAACAAAUGCUCUGUGAUUAGUCCACGUUUUGAUAUUUCAUUGCGCGACCUGGAGAAGUGGACGAGCAAUUUAUUGCCAUCUCGACAGUUCGGUCAUUUAGUUCUGACAACCUCAGGCGGUAUUAUGGAUCAUGAAGAGGCACGAAGGAAACAUCUGGGUGGCAAGAUUCUUGGAUUCUUCUUUUGA